UUUACAAAAAUAUUUGUACUCUAGGAAUAGUAAGCUGUAGUGUAACCUCUCUAUUUUAAGGUAUUCAAGAUUAUGAUUCAUAGCCCGAAUUAAAUUUAUCAAUUAUUAUUAUUAUUAUUAGUGUAUUUAAUAGGGUUAUAGUGUACUUUAUUCUGUAAUAUCAGUGAUUUAAUGUCUACACUAAAUUAAAUUUUUAUUAUACGGAAUACUUCAAUUGUAGGCAGCAGCACCGAGCGGUCACUUUCAUAUUGGAUUGUUUCGUAAUUUUCGACAAAUUGGAUCUUUAAGAAAAUUCUUUUUUCAGUCACUUAAGAUACAUGCAUAAUUCAAUAUGGACAAUGAAAAACCGAUGGGUAGCAGUUGGUCAACGAUUAACCAUAACUCAGAGAAUAUUAUUCAGCCAGAUUUGUUAUGCCAUCAUAACAUAACAACUGAUCCUCACCAAAUAAGUAAUUUAAAUCUGGAUAAAUUAGUUAAAAACCAUAGUGACUCAUGCAUUCAAAUAAAAUUAUUUGAAGAAGAAUGUGCUCUUUUAACCAACAAUUUACAAAGUGUACACUUAACACGUGAUAAUCCAACUUCCAUUAAUUUACCAUCAAGAAGCCGUCGUCUAGUUCCUAUAAAUAAUAGAACUGAAGAUUACAGUUAUGAAUCUAGUUCUGAUAGUGAAUUUAGUGACAAUACAGACAAAUUUUUGAACAUUGACCUCGAAACUAGAACAAUUCCUGAACUUACAGCUGAAGAAGAACUUAAAGAAGAAAGAAAUUGGAGAUCUUGUUCAAUACACAGUUAUUAUCAGUACACUAUACCCAGGGAUUGCACAUCGAAAAAGUUAUUGUUAUUAAAUAUGAAUAAACCCAAGGAUGAUGACCAAACGUUUGUCAUAAAAAUAUUAGAUGAUCUACGUUCAACAAAUAAUCGGUCAAAACCACUAAGGAUGCAUUAUGAUACAAGUAUUGGUCUCUCUACUAAUGAUUCAUUAUUAUCUAAUAAACGACGAAGAUCUUGUAGUCCAGAUUUACAAGAAUCUAUGCUUACACCAGUUACUUCUCCUUGGGAAUCUCGUCGUAUCAAACAAGAACUUAUUAGUGCUCGUGCUGAAAUUGCAUCAUUGCAAGAACGAAAUAAAACAUUAUUUAAUCUCAAAAAAGAAUCUGAUCUUUUAUUUGAAAGAGAAAAAAAUGCAUUAGAACAUAAUAUAAAUAAAUCAAAAUUUAUGAUUGAACAAUUAGACAAUCGAUUAAAAGAAUUGCGUCAUGAAAAAUUAAGUUUGAAGGAUGAAAAUGAUAAUUUAUCAAAAAAACUUGAUAUGGUGUUAGAAGAAAACAAUAUUAAAAUAUCUAAAAUUGAAAAAGAAAACAAAGAACUUGAAACCAAAUUAAAUAAUGUAACUUUUGAGUUAACAAAAUGCCAAAAUGAAAGUGUUACAAAAAACUGUUCGGACUUUGAAUUAAAUGAAAUAAAAAAAACUUUGAGGUCUAAUGAAAAAUAUAUUGAAGAAUUGACUAAUAACCUUAGAAAAAAACAAAUUGAAAUUAAUACGUUAGAAAAUGAUCAAGUUAAAUUAAAUAGUGCAAAUCAAAGAAUUAAAAGUUUAGAAAAUGAGUUAGCUUUAUUACAUGAAAACUCUAUGAUAGUUAAUUCACAAAGAGAGAAGUUAAAAAGAUUUAGUUCCAUGGAAAGUGAACUAAUUUCAUUGAGAGGAGAAGUAGCUAUUUACAGAAAUGAUGUAAAGCAAACAGAAAUACUUGAAAACAAAGUUGCCACUUUAGAAAAUAAGUUGGUCAAGUAUGAGUUAUUAGAAAAAGAAGCUAUAGAAUUACGAUCAAAUUUGGCUAUUUGUGAAGAUCGUUUAAAAAAAUGGAUUGAUGUGUGCCAAGAUUGCUGUGAAAAUAUAUCAGAGAGUCAGUGUUAUCCAGAAUACUUAAGAUACUAUGUAGAAAAUUUAAAGAAAAAAGAAAUGUUCCUAGUAAAUGAAAAGGGUGAACUUCAAAGCAGUUUGGCUCGAUUGGAAUUGAAAAUAAAACAAAUAGAAAACGAUUUUAUUAAAAUGAAAGAUCAACUCACAGUUGCAGGAAAUAAUAGUAGUAAACUUGAAGGAACUAUUAAACGAUUAAAAAAACAAUUGUAUAUGGUUACAUGGGAACGCAAUGAUCUUCGUGAAUUAAUAGAUUCCUUCCAAAAAGAAGUAACUGUCAUUGGUAAUUUAAAUGGAGAGGAUACAAAAAUGGAAGUUCUAGAAAAAGCAAUAACUGGCUAUAAAAAUCGUAUGACUGAAAUCGAAACUGAUCCUUCAUUAUACUGUCCUACUGAUAAUGAUAAAAGGUGGAUUGAAGAAAAGACAGCACUUCUUAAAGAAAAGGAAGAACUAAUAAAUAAAUGUAAACAACUGGAAGAAAAAUGUGUUGAUUUGAGAGAUCAAAUUGACCAUAGAGCUCUAAAAGGAGAUUUCAAUCUUAGGGAAACUAAAGUUUUACAUUUUAAGAUGAACCCUGCUUCUGAAGGAUUUAAUAAUUAUCAAAAUGAUCUAUUACAAGCCAAACAAGAAAUAGAAAAAUUAAAAGAACGUAUUAAAGCUAUGCAAGAAGGUAUAUCUAUGAAUCUUACUCAAGUAGUUGAUGACAGAGUAGAAACAAAUGCAUCUCAAGAAGUUGAAGGUCUGAAAGAAAAAUUAAAAUCUCAAGAAAUACAAAAUCAGCGAUUACGGGAAGUGUUUAAAAAAAGUAGCCAGGAGUUUAGAGAAUCUGUUUAUACAUUAUUAGGUUAUAAAGUGGAUGGAUUGCAAAACAAUAUGUACAGACUUACAAGUCAAUUUGCUUUCCAUGAAGAAGAUAACUUAUUGUUCCAAUUAAAUGAAGGUUCUAUGAAUUUAUUAGAAACUUCAUUUUCAAAAACUAUUGAAGAAAUGAUAAAUAUACAUUUAGGUCAACAGCGCUCCAUACCUGUAUUACUAUCUAGUUUGACUAUUGAUUUAUUCAGUAAACAAAGUAUGGUUAUGACUGCAGAUUCGACUAGAUUGGAAUCUGCAAUCAACUAAUUUACUUUUCAAAAUUUUCUUAAAAAAUAUGAUAUUUUUUGAAAAAAUGAUUACAAAAAUAUAUUAAUUUAAAUAAUGUAGACAUAAUAAACUUAUUAUAUAAGAUUUUUAUUUUUUAAUUAAUUUAGAUCCUUUUGUUUAAACUUUAAUUUAUAUUAAUUUGUCACCAAUCAAUUUUGGAAUCAAAUAUUGCUUUUUUAACAUUUUUUAUAAGUAAUAUAUUUAGUACACAUUAUUUUUAUCUUAUGAUAUU